CCCACGUCCUAUCAACGAUUUGUUUGUGCUUCGUGAUCCAGCAACAUCAAUUGCUGGACGUAAAAAUCUGAAGAGUAAAAGUCGACUCUACGAUCUUCCUCGUACUGAAAAGGAAGCUUAUAUUAACGACUACAAUCCAAUUCUAUUAUCUUUAUGGGAAGGAAAUAUGGACAUUCAAUUUAUUGAAGAAAAAUCGACAUUAUUGUGCCAAUAUGUUACAAAAUAUGUAACUAAAGAAGAAACUGCUAAAACUUCAGAAAGAGUAAGUGAAAUUAAGGGGUUAGGGGUAGUCAGAAUUUUCAAAAAAUCGAUUUUUUUUUUUUUGCAUUUUCUUAAAGUAUAAUAUUUUAAAAAUAUUGUGUGAAAAUUUGAAGUGAAUCCGACAAAUUCUUUUCGAGUUAUUUAACAAUGACCAAAGGACGCUCGGGUGCUACGUGGCAUUCGAGAGCAGGUAGCUAGAAACAGCUGCAAGCAACCGACCUUUCGGGUUUCAUUGUCAUGAAUAUCUCCCCAUUUUAAUGUAUUUAUAAUUAUAUAUAUAUAUAUAUAUAUAUAUAUAUAUCCUUCUACAUAUAUUCACAAUUUGUAGGUAGUACAAGAACUGAAAAAUAAUUUUUGGUUGCCAGUAUACCUGUAGUCGUUGCACUGAUCAGUCGAUAGUUUUGUGAUAAAUUAUUUCUCAAGUGAAUUAAAUUAUUAACCAUGGGACGUGAUUCUAGAAAGGUUUCAAGAGAACUUCGGAGUUCUGAAAAAAUUAAUAAGUCGCGUUCAGUCAAAAGAAAGAAUGUUUUUAAUCCGAAAACAGCCGAACGUGAUGAAAGUAUUCAGAGUACAUCUUCUAAAAAAUUAAAACAAAACACUGAAGAUGAUGUACCUGAAGACAGCAGUACUGAAUUUCGAAUAAUAAAUUUUAUUCAGGUAUUCACUGCAAUUUCUGCUCUUAUAAAAUGUAAAAAAUGUGAUGGAAAUGUAGUGUUUCAAACAGCAAGUACACGUGGGCUGGGAUUCAAAAUUGUAGUUGCAUGUAAUAACUGUGGAAAUGAAUAUAUUCCUUCCUGUUCUUUCGUUGGGCAUUCUUAUGAAAUAAACAGACGUUUCAUUUUUGUAAUGAGAAUACUAGGAAUAGGAUACGAAGGAUUGUGCAAGUUUUGCGGCCUGAUGGACAUGCCGUCUUUUUUAGAUAAAUCUACGCAUACAAUUUUACUGAAACAGAUUUUGAAUUGUAGUAAAGCCGUCGCAGAAACCUUCAUGACGAAAGCUGUGAAUGAAGAAAAGCAAGCAAUGCCAACAACUGAAAAUGAAGAUAUAAAUCAUCUAACUGUAUCGGGAGAUGGAACCUGGCAAAAACGGGGAUAUACAUCGUCAUUUGGAGUUUCUUCUAUAAUUGGCUAUUUUACUGGAAAGAUUCUUGACAUAAACAUUAAAAGUGCAUAUUGUAAGCUAUGUGAGUAUUGGAAAAAAAAAACAAAUACUGUUGAGUUCGAGGAAUGGUAUCAAUCGCAUGAAGAUGUGUGUUCUGCUAAUCAUCAAGGGUCUUCUGGGAAAAUGGAGGUGGAUGCGAUGGUCGAAAUGUUUUCGUAUUCUGAAACUAAAUAUGGAGUUAAGUAUGCCAACUAUAUUGGUGAUGGUGACUCCAAGACCUAUUCAGGAAUUAUAAAAUCAGAUCCUUACGAAAAUACAACUGUAAAUAAAAAGGAAUGUAUAGGGCAUGUCCAAAAGCGGAUGGGGAGUCGAUUACGUACGCUGAAGAGUAAACAAAAAGGUCUUGGUGGUCGAGGUAAGCUCACAGGAAAAUUAAUAGACAAACUAACUGUGUACUAUGGUUUAGCAAUACGCCGGCAUUGUGAUUCUAUUGAAAAUAUGAAAUCUGCUAUAAUGGCAACCUUUUAUCACUACGGCUCGAGUGAUGAAAAACCGAAUCAUGAUAUGUGUCCAAAAGGCGAAGAAUCUUGGUGCUCUUACCAGCGCGCUGAAGCAAGAGGAGAGCUUGAUACCUUUUCUCACGAUUAUUCUCCUUUACCUUCUGAUGUUUUAAAAGCUAUCAAGCCUAUAUACGAAGAUCUUAGUAAUGAAAAUUUACUUUCAAGAUGUGUAGGUGGAUUCAAUCAGAAUAAUAAUGAAAGCUUUAACCAACUAGUAUGGAAAAUAUGCCCAAAAACGGUAAAUACUAGUUUUACCAUCGUACAAAUAGCUGCAUACGUUGCUAUGUGUAUAUUUAAUGAGGGUAUAAAUUCAUUAUUAGUCUUGAUGAAUACACUAGGACUUAAUUGUGGGCCUAAUUCUCAUCGGUAUGCAGAAAGAAUGGAUGCUGCACGUAUCAAAGUAGCAGAUAAGCGCGCUAAUGAUAACACCCGAGAAGGUCGAUUGCAACGUAGGCACCAGCAAAUCGAUAUUUUGGAAGCUGCUAUGUCGGCUGAAGAGCUAUUAUAUGGUCCAGGAAUAGAUGACUCAGUAUGAAUCUCCAAGGACUUAUGAUGAUCACCGCAAAGGACUUCGGGAGGAACGGGCUCUACAAAAACAGCGAUAACUUUUUGAAUUAUUAAUUUUUUUUUUUGAAAUUUUCGUGAAGUCAAAUCGAAACGUGUUCUAAUAAAGCUAUGUUUUUAUUUUUGUCAAAUAAAGUAAUUAACUACAAAAAAAAAAUUAUUGAAAAUCAUCAUUUUUUCAUACCCCUGAGUAC